AUGGCAUAUAGACUGAAGAAUGUUAGAUAUCAGAAGAAGGAUCGCAGGAUUCUGCUUCAGAAUGAGAAUGGUCCAUGUCCUCUACUAGCCGCGGCCAAUGCUCUUUUACUGCGAGGCGCCAUUAGUCUUCCGUCGGUGUGCAUCCGAAACGGAUGUGCGAGUCUGGAAGAAGUGGUCAAUAUGCUGGCAGAAAAGGCGAUGAAUUACAACUACAAUAAACCGAACGAUCUGCACGAAAGCAACUCGGAGCAGCAUUUUCAUGACGUACUCAAUAUAUUGCCCAAACUGCAGUACGGAAUGGACGUCAAUCCCAAGUUCACCAAUGGACCCACGGGCAUGGAAUUCACCAAGGAAUUGACCACCUUUGAUCUGUUGAGUGUUAAAAUGGUACAUGGCUGGUUGUUGGAUCCUCAGUCGGAACAGUUGUGUGAACUCGUGGGGUGCAAAACCUACAAUGAAUUGAUUGAGUCGGUCGUACAGGGAAAUGAGGCAUCCACAGAAUUGCACAAACUAGAAGAACAACUCAAGAAAUUGGAAAACUGCAGUGACAAUGUAUGGAUUCACGUGGGUACGCCUCCGGCAGAAGAUGCUGAUCAACAACAACCAGAGCAACAACCACAACAAACGGAUGGACUAACCAUCACCAAAGGAAAACGACAAUCCGUCGGACAACUCCGCGCCGAUUUUCAAGAAAAGCAAGAAGAACUCUCGAAACUGGCCACUGUAGGAGAACUCAUCAACAACUUUCUCGAAGACACGGCUCAUCAACUCACACAGUAUGGAUUGGCCGUACUCUAUGAUAAACUGGACGAAAAUGAACUCUGCGUCUUUUUCCGAAACAACCACUUUUCCACCAUCACCAAACACGAAGGGUUGCUCUACCUAUUGGUGACGGAUCUAGGAUACGCCAACGUCCCCAAUGUGGUCUGGGAAAAAUUGGAUGUCAUUGAUGGCGAUACCGAAUAUGUAGACGCAGGAUUUUCUAGACCUGCACCACAGGCCGAGUUGAGCGCCGCGGGUCAACGUGAUGCGGCUUGCAAUUUGGAUCCCGAGCAGUUGUUGGCACAACGUGGACAAUCCGAAGCAGACUACCAGUUGGCACUGCAGAUGAGUGGCGGAGGUGACAAGAAGGCUGGAAAAAAGGGCACUCUCGACGAACAAGAGGGGAAAUUGAUGGCGGCGGCCCUGGAAUCGAGCUUGCUGGCGUACAAUGGGAUGGACGACGGAAUCAAAGAGGUCAAGGAUCAUACUACCACGCAAGAAGACCGAGACCGCAUCUUGGCAAUGCAGAUGCAGGCUCAGAUCGAACAGCAAGAUAUUCGAAUGGCCCAAAAAAUGCAAGAAUCAGAAUGGGGGCGACAAGCGGCAGACCAACAAAGAAAUGCCAAUGCCAAUAUGGUGGACUCCGUCAAAUCAACCUGUAUUAUUUCCUAA